AUGAGAUCUGAUAUUGGAGAACAAAAAAGUAGUGAUGCUUUUUCGAUUGACGGUUUUUCAAAUUGGAAGAAAAAGGAAAGGUUAGAUAUACAUGUUGGAAAUUUUAACAGUGCUCACAAUCAAGCUUGGAGAAGUUGCGAGGCCUUAAUGAAUCAAAAACAACAUAUUGAAGUUGCUAUCAGUAAACAAUCAGACUUGAUGAAAAGAGAAUAUAGGAUUCAUUUGACUUCAGUAAUUGAUUGUAUUCGAUACCUAUUGAAGCAAGGAUUGGCAUUUCGUGGACACGACGAGUCAAUUAAUUCAAAACAUAAAGGUAAUUUUCUUGAGCUUAUUCAUUUAGUUUCAAUACAUGAUAAAGAGUUUGAUAUGAUUCUAAAAAAUGCUCGUGGGAAUCUUAAAUUAAUGUCACCUUCAAUUCAAAAGGACAUUGUGACAGCUGCAGCUUGUGAGACCACCAAAGUUAUUGUUGAUAGUGUUAGAGAUGAUUUCUUUUCCAUUUUAAUUGAUGAAUCUCGAGAUACAUCAACUAAGGAACAAAUGUCUGUUGUUUUGCGUUAUGUUGAUAAAAAGGAAGUGUCAUUGAGCGCAUUGGAGUCAUUGUUUGCAACACAUAAUUUAAGUUUGUCAAGAGUGCGUGGACAAGGUUACGAUGGGGCUAGUAAUAUGCAAGGUGAAUUUAAUGGACUGAAAAGUUUGAUCUUGAAAGAAAAUAGUUCUGCAUUCUAUGUUCAUUGUUUUGCUCACCAACUUCAAUUAACACUUGUUGCUGUUGCCAAGAAGCAAGUUGAUGUUGGUUGUUUUUUUAGUUUGGUUAACAAUGUAUCUAACAUUGUUGGAGGUUCAUGUAAACGUCAAGAGAUUCUUAGAGAAAGUCAAAUGCUUAAAUUUCAAGAAGCUUUAUUGAAUGGUGAAAUUUCUAGUGGUUCUGGAUUUAAUCAAGAAGCUACAUUGAAACGUGCUGGAGAUACAAGAUGGGGCUCACACUAUGGUACAUUACUUAGCUUGAUCUCUUUGUUUACUUCAGUAAUUGAUGUCCUCGAAUUUGUUGAGGAAAAUGGCUCAUCAUCAGAUCAACAAAUUGAAGCUUGUCAUUUAUUGAAAAGUAUACAGUCUUUUGAAUUUAUUUUUAACUUGCACUUGAUGAAAAAUAUAUUUGGAAUUACUAAUGAUUUAUCUCAAGCAUUGCAAAGAAGUGAUCAAGAUAUUGUAAAUGCUAUAUCAUUAGUUAGAGUUUGCAAAGGCAGGUUACAAGGUAUGAGAGAUAAUGGUUGGCAUACUUUACUAAAUGAAGUAUCAUUAUUUUAUGAGAAACAAAAUAUUAGCAUUCCAAAUAUGGAUGAUGCACUCAUUACACAAGGAAGAUCGAAGCGUAAAGCUCAAAAAAUUUCAAAUCUACAUCGUUUUCAAGUUGAGUUAUUUUAUGAAGUGAUUGAUAGACAACUUCAAGAGCUUAACAAUAGAUUUAACGAGGUGAACACUGAGUUGCUUCUUUGUGUAGCAAGCUUAAAUCCAAGAGAUUCAUUUUUUGCAUUUGAUAAGGAGAAGUUGAUUCAUUUGGCUAAGUUUUAUCCAUCAGAAUUUUCUCAUGUGGAGCUUAUUGUGCUUGAUAGUCAGCUUGAGACUUUUAUCAUAGAUCUUCGGUCUGAUGAUAAAUUUUCAAAGUUAAAUGGAAUCACUGAACUUUCUGAAAUGUUGGUGAAAACUAAAAAGCAUAUUGUGUAUCCAAUGAUAUUCUUACGUUUGAGGUUAGCUUUGAUUUUACCUGUGGCAACUGCAACUGUUGAAAGAUCUUUCUCUGCCAUGAAUUUUGUGAAGAAUGGUUUACGCAAUCGCAUGGGAGAUGAGUGGUUGAAUGAUUGUUUAGUUACAUAUAUAGAGAGUGACAUAUUUGAUGAAGUGGACAAUGAAAAAAUCAUUGAACAUUUUCAAAAUAUGAAAACUCGUAGAGGACAAUUGUAA